CCGCCACACUCGAUGGGUCCAAAGCCCCUCAACGUGGGCGCCGGCUACUUAUUGGCAGAGCCGCCGCUGGACAUGUCUCUCCCCUCGGCCGGUGCACGAAGGGUUUCAUUGCGUUCGACCUCGAUUCUAAGCGCAUGGUGUUCUUGAAGGAUCAGUGGCGAGCCAUCACUCGAGAGCGCAAGGAGCUGGACACGUACCGGCGGCUGCACCAACACGGGGUCCAGUUCAUCGCCACCCCGAUUGCUGGAGAAGACAUUGACGCUCACCGCACCUCGAGUCAAAUGCUGAUGAAGGACAGACUAAACAUGUCAAGACCCAUCGAGCGCAUACACUCCAGAUUAGUCACCAAGGAAGUCGGCCGCCCGCUAAAAGACUACAAGGACUCCGUGGAUUUGAUUCAAGUGGUCAGCUACGCUGUUAUAGCUCAUAGGAUAGCCUGGGAAAAAGCCAAAAUUCUUCAUAACAAUGUGAGCGCGGCGAACAUCAUGAUCAACGCUGAAACAGACGAAGGCUUCCUGAACGAUUGGGACCUAUGCAAGUUCAAGGAGGACUUGAAAAAUAAAAUUCCAGCUUCUCAGCCUGGUGGUGGAACGUGGCCCUUCAAAUCAGCGCUGUCACUGAUGUAUCCCACAAAGCCCGCAGAGGUGGCGGACGACCUGGAGUCGUUCAUUUACAUAAUCCUCUUGAUGGCCAUGCGCUUCCAUCGCCACGAACUUGCGUCUGAUGCAUCCUUGGAUUCCACGGUAGAGGAGCAGAGGCUAGCAAACUCCAAGAACGAGCCUCUGGCUGCUCGUUUCUACGACAUCUUUUACGAGGAAAUCCGAUGCAAGAACGGCUAUUCCAAGGGCGGACAAACCAAACAUCUAUACGUCAAGUUUGGCAAGCCUCCUAUCAAGUUGGAGGAAGCCGAAGAAGGCCCUACCCUUCUCGAGCGGUUUCUUCGGAUGGGCUGGACACUUCUACGCCGCCACUAUAAACACGUCAACUUUGACGAUCUUGCACCCUAUGCAGUCGCACCCAAACCCACUCGCCUCUCUAAGGACGCACAGCCUGCAGAAGAUACGCAGAAGCGCAAUCUGAAGGACAACAGCGUCAUGGCGCACUUCUCUCAGAAGUUCACGAGAUACCCGCGCUGCAGUUCUCCGUCCGUAUCGUCUAAUGGUUCGUCCGGGUGGCUCAUCCGUGAGGAGAGGCCUCUCGACAAGCACGACGCGCUCUGCUGGCUCUUCGACGAGGUAUUCCGCGACAAGAGUGGCAACGCCCUCGAUUUGACUCAUCUCAGAGGCGAUAAGUUCUUCGACAUGUGCGCCGGCCAACCUGUGAUGACGUCCACGCGAAGGAAGAAUCUAAACGGCACGCAUAGCCUUCUUCCUUUUCCGCCCCCUAUCGAAGAAGUUGAGGAAGAAGAGUAAGCUCCCCGCAUCACCGGAAGGAGCAACAAAACACGGAAGGCUACGACCACUCGUAAGACCGCAGCUGCCAAGAAAGCAGCAACGACCACGAAAGCAGCCGCAGCCCGGAAGAUUGUGUCAGCUUGAAAGGCGGCUUCUUCGAAGCCGACCGAAGUGGGAGAGGUGACAGGGUCGAAGAAAGCCGCACUGCGAAAGAAGAUAGCGGGCGCUAUCGAGAAGGGCUCAUCAGCAACAAAAGGCAAGACUACUGGUUCGCGCAAGGUGUCCACUACAGCGGCGGGGAAGGCCGCCGCACCGAAAGCCUCUGCUGUUCGCAAUACCCGUGCUGCACGAAGGGCUGGCAAGACUCUGUCGGUGUCUCCCGGCAAACGCAAGCGCG